AUGGUGGUUAUUGGAUUUGCGCCCGGUGAGGUAGGACACUGGCGGUACAUUGAACGCGAUUUGGUUGGCGGCCGUAAGCUUCGAAUCGAGCCACUUGGAGAGGACGGCCAGCCGGAUCCGCCGUGCCAGAAAUGGUCAUGGAAACUGGAUGAUCAAAAGCUGGAAAGACUGGUGACGCAAGAUGUGCCUUCAACAGCACCGACCAGUCACGAUUCUGUCACUUACACUGAGCUGUUCCCGCCGGAUGGAGGUGUUGGGCAACGCGUCUUUGCAAAGUGGGCAUGGUAUCCAAAGGAGGAGGCGGAUGAUGAACUUCUGUUCCCUCGUGGGGCAGAAAUUCGAGAGGCAGAGGAUGUGAAUGGAGAGUGGUACUUUGGUGUUUACAUGGGCGCCAAAGGUUUAUUCCCUUCAGGCUACGUUCAAGGCAGUGACACUUCGUAG